AGAAUAUAUUUUUUUAAUCGUUAUAUAAUUUAUAAUUAUUUCAGGUAAUUAAAUCUGCAUUGGCAUAUUUAAAUUUAUUUCGAACAUUCAUUAUGUAAAUAAUAAUGCAACCCCACAGUAAAAAAUAACGAUAUAUAAGAGAUGUUGGAAUUUUCUGGAAAUUAUUAUAUAUGAUGCAUGAUUUGUAGAAUAAAAAACAGUUUUAUAGCGAUUCGUACAAUUUACGUUUACAUUAAACAAUUUCAUAAGACCAUGCAAGAAUACAAUACUAAUCUUAUUUACAGAUCCCGAAAGCAUCCAUAAUUAGACAUAUUUAACUGAAUUUCGCGAAAUGAUACAGUAUAAAAUAAUUUAUAUUCGUUCUAUAAGUAUUACAUUCAUUAUUACGUUCCAUAAAUAUUACAGUUUCAUUAUUAUAUAUUUUUUACAGAUUGUGCAUAAAUUUGAUGAAAACUAUAUCAUAUAUGUUGCGCGUGCGCGCGUGUGUGUAUAUGCUGGCAUAUUUGCUACUAACAUAUUACAAAUUUUCGUUUACAUAAACAUAAGUUUGAAAUAGAUAAAAGCUCAUUGGACAAUCGCACAGGAUAAUUAACAGGAUUGAAAUUAAUCAAAUGCAAUGAAAUAUUAAAAUGCACAGUUACAUUCCGGGCAGUCAUCACCUGAUCGCAAUACCUUCGUUGCGUUACGCACUUCGGAAGGCUACGUAUAAACCUGCUCAACUAUGUUAAAACUCCAUGAACUUCACAUCCACUUCCAUCUGUCAUUGAAGUUCUGCACGCAAGAGGGACGAACCCCUCGUACACGACUGCCGUUUGCUACAAUGACUUCUUUAUACACGGCAGACAUCGUAGCACACAUGCACGCAACCCGGAAUCAUUAUUCCCCGCGCUUGCGUCACGUCGCGAGCGCGGGGACACCGUCAUCCGCGCGUUUCAGUCCGUGUUGCACCUUGUGGACGAUAGCAUGUACGAUCAAUGCCAACUUGCGAACAAGAUUCAGGUGUACAAUGUGCACCACCAGCGUGACAUACGCUACGCCACACAAUUGUCUCGGUGGAUCCUGAAGCCGAUUGGCAUCUGGCAUCUGAUCUACGCGCGCUCGUCGCGGGUAGAGAAGCUGUUCUCGGUAACGAUGAUCUUCGUGUGCUUCGCUGUUUUGUUCUUCGUGCUCGUGCCUUCCAGCCCGUACGUUCUCUUCAGCAAGAACAACAUCAGCACGAAAGCCAAGCUACUCGGUCCGGUGUUGUUCUGCCUGACUUCCGCAGUCAAGUACUAUUUCCUCGGUACGCGCGGCGAGAUGAUCGGCAGAUGCGUUAACCAAAUGGAGGAUGACUGGCGGAUCGUGCGACAUCAGGAUCACCGCAAGAUGAUGCUGGACAACGCACUGGUGGGACGGAGGCUUACCACGCUGAGCGUGAUCUUCCUUUACACUGGCGGACUGUCAUAUCACAUAAUCUUGCCAUUCUCUACCAAGAAAGGGUUGAACAAUACCUUCACGAAUAAGCCACUGAUUUAUCAGGGUUACGACGUGUACUUCGACUCACAAGCAAGUCCUGCUUAUGAUAUUGUCUUUUCUGUGCAUUGCGUGUCCGCUGUGAUCCAGUAUAACAUCACGACGGCUGCUUGCAGCUUGGCAGCGAUCUUCGUGAUGCACGUGUGCGGACAGGUGCAAAUACUGAUGACGAUGCUGGGCGACUUGGUCGAGGGGGAGCGUGACAAGGGCACCAGCGUAGAAGAACGUUUGGGCGUGAUAGCGAGAUAUCACGUACGCGUGCUGAGAUUCGCGGUCGACGUGGAAGAAGUAUUACGCGAAAUGUGCUUAAUGGAACUGGUGGCCGCAACAUUUAUCAUAUGUUUGCUCGAGUACUACAUCAUGACAGAAUGGGAAAACAGCGACGUUUUAGGUAUCGCUACGUAUUUCAUUUUGUUCAUAUCUCUAUCGUUCAACUUUCUAAUAUUCUGUUAUAUCGGCGAACUCCUCGUGGAAGAGUACAGUAAAAUAGCUUCAGCUGUGUAUGGAAUAAAUUGGUACGAUUUACCUGGCCAUAAAGCUCUCCAUCUCGUAAUGAUCAUUACGAUGUCUCAAUAUCCACCUAAACUUACAGCUGGCAAGUUUGUUGAUUUCUCCCUCAGUACUUUUAGCACCGUGAGUUCUAGAGAUAUUUGCUAUUAA